AUGGAUAUAACCCGCCCUGCAAGCAAUGGCAUAGAACUGAGAGAAGAAGACGCUUUGGCUGCGACACAGAUCAGCAUGACGGCGACGCGUAGUAAACUCGAAAAUCUCAUGAGCAGCUUCACGACGUUCGACGACGUCAUGCGCAUUGGAACGCGGCAACGUCGCGAGAAAGAUGAGUGUCGCUUAGCUGAGAUGCGGCAGGAGAUGAAUUCCUUGGAGAAUAAACUCGAGGCAGAAAUCAAGAAGCGGAUUGGGAUGGCCAAGUCGCUACAGAAUUACUGCGACGAGCAGGUGGCUCAAAUGACUGAAGCUUUCGAGAAACUGCUAGGCGAUCGCGCAAAGCAAGUCGACAACCGACUCGACAACCUGACGCAGGAAAUCACUAAUAUUCAGGCACUUGUCGCCAAGGAAAAACACGAAAUCCCGCUAAUGAUUGAGAAUAAGACGAAUGAGCUCACGCAGAAGCUCAUCGCGUUCAUGGAUUCGUUCGAGGAAGAACGCCAGCGACGUAGUAACCAGGAAGCGAUGAUUUUGAAGCGUUUGAGUGACCACGAGCAUGCAACGGCUGAAUAUUUUGAGCGUGAGCGGCAUGAUCGCGAGCUGAAAUACUCAGGCCUGAAGAAUGCCCUGGACGCGUAUUGUUCUACUCGGAUACGCGGCGAUGAUAGGUUUCACGCAUUUGCACAAGAAGAGAUUGCGAACAUUCAAAACGCACUGGUCACUGAAGCGCAGGCCCGGGAACGCGAAGACGACGAAAUCGUGGAAGCUCUCAAUCGCUACACCGCCAAGUUGCAGGACAGCCUCAAGGUAAUUACGAGUCCAAACGAGUGACAU